AUGGCUCACCUAAGCAGCGUGUUGAAGGCGGUGGAAACGCUAAACGCGCUACGGGAGUCGGACACUCCGUUGGAUCCUGGGGCAAGCAGGAAGGAAAAGGUGUCAUGCUGCGCGAUCAUCGUCGAGGGAGUAUGUUCGCCAAUCAUCAGGCAAAACACCAAGUUUCCGCAGAUUCUCACCGCCACCAUCGAAACGCUGCUGGCACUCUGCAACGACGAAGAGUCGGACGUCAGGAUGGUCGCGGACGAAUCUCUCAACAAAAUUAUAAGAGCAAUGGUUGAUAGUAACAUCGUUAAAGUUCAGAUAGAGCUUUACAAUGAGAUAAAGAGAAAUGGGCCUGCACGGAUACUGAGAGCUGCACUCUGGAGAUUUGGUCUGCUGAGUCAUAUGAUACGUCCUUCGAGGGGCAAAGCUUAUGUGUCAAAUUUGAUUCCAUGUAUAGUAAUCAUCGCGCAUCGAUCUGAGGAUACUGUAAUUGAAACAUUAUCGUCAUCGUUACCAUUAAUUUUCAAAAUGUUAGGACCAUUUAUGACAGAUAAGGAUGUUAAGAAUUUGCUGAAAGCAUUCUUUGAAAAUAUCUCUUCCCCUCAAGCAGUUUUUCGUAGAGCAGCAGCUAAUAUGAUUCUGACAACAUGUACAAAUUGCAAAAAGCCACAGUUCUUUUUAAAUUAUGUGUUGGAUUAUUUAUUAGAUAUAAUUACGUCAGGAAGAAACGCCGAGGAUCAUUCCUCUACUGUUAUAGGCGUGUUUGGAUGUCUGAGAGUGAUUUUACCUCACAUAUGUAAACCUUCAGAAUCUCAAGAUGAAGCGCAACAGAUAGAUAAUCUGUUACACAUCUAUGAAUUAUGUUUGCACUAUACGAAAUGGCAUUCUGAUCAUAAUGUCGUAAAUGCAGCUUUAGAGACGUUGGUGCAACUUUUAAAAAUGCCUCCAAAGCCACUGGUGGCCAUUCUGUUAUCUUCCGAGGGUAUAACGCAAAGCAGGAUAAUAUUAAAUCAAAACACAUACAUUCCCUCGUUGGGUCACAUGAGCAUUUCCAGCGCAAGUACCGCUUACGGCGGAAAUUCGGAUUCCAUUUUGAAUUUACACGAGCCUGAUGUUCCGGAGAUUACUCCGAGCGCAGAGUGGAUCGCGGAUACAAAAACGGCAUUGCCAGGCACAUAUAAUUCACAAACGCAGGACGAAUACACGAGCGAUGUAACGGAAACGAAGGAAAAGACUUUAGAAAGUUAUUGUAGUUUGAAAAUCGAAACUGCCGAUAAUGAGGUCGUGGAAGAAGGCAGUGAUGUCGGAAGCGAGAUCGAAAAGUCUGAAAAAGUACCGUAUCCAAGUCUGCAAAGUGAACAGUCGAAGGAAGAAGAUUAUUCUGAAGAUACCACUCUCUCGUUCGCUACUCCUAAGAAAUCCUCUCUGGAGUUCGCGUUAUACGAGGCGGAUGUCGGAAGUUUCACGGAUUCGGAUAUGCCCGUCAAAUUUUGCUGCCGUUACUUGGUGUCGUCCUUUUUGUUAGCGGGCAAGCCCGGACACUUAAUAUCGGACAAGUUAUUUCGUGUUAGCGUAAAGUCUCUUGCGUUGACAUGUGUGGGUUAUAUUUUGAAACUUUAUCCGCACUUGUUUACAAUGACCGUGGCCAAAGAAUCCAGUUGCGAUGAGACGAACCAAUUGAUUGCAGACAUUUUGCUAUUUGCCAAUCAUCCAGAUCCCCAGAUCAGGGGUAAUAUAACGAUGGUGAUUGGAAUCUUUCUAAAAUCGGUAUUUGUUCAAUACGGUAGUUCCUUUCAGAAUUUCCAAACGGAGUGUUUGACUCAGCGAGGGCAUGGAAAUGUAUUAUUGGAAGACAUGAUAAAGUUACUCUUGAAUGGCUUGAACGACGAUUCCGCGACAACUUGCCGUCAAACGUUGGACGCGUUAAAUCUUUGCUUACCAGAGUUACUAGAGUCCAUCAACAAUGAACACGGUUUUACCAUCUUGACCGCAUUGCCAAAACUUGUAAAAAAUCCAUAUUUUCUCGUGAAAAUGAAAUUAGCUGACUUAUUGAGCAAACUGUCUUACAUCACGAUAGAAUAUAUAACAGGACAAUCGUUAUUUCAAGAGCACUUCAUCGAUGUUAUAAUAGUGUUAUUAGGUGAUCAAGAUCAGAGAGUGAGACAUGCCGCGUCAGAUGCGAUUGUUAAGAGUAUUCCGUAUUUAUAUUUCCGACAUCCUCAAGAGGAUACUAUUACAAGGAAGGCUACGCAAUACACUCAACAGUUUCUAAACGCGGUAACAUUAAGCAUUUCGGAAUUGUCGUUGUGCCAAGAUAAACAUAAACCAUUUGUGAAUACGUCUAUCAAGCCCUUUAUAUUUUUGAAUCAUUACAAUGGAGCGAAUUACGAUUCCAAUUUAGAAUACUCGUUGUCGCGUAUAGUUAACAUCCUGAUGGAAAUAUUGACAGUACAUUCUUCAAAAUAUUUAAUAUACGGCUGUUGUGAAACUCUAUUCAGUUUGAGCGAGGUGUACCCCACUACGGUUUAUGUUAGAGGAUGGGAUUGUAUUUUGCCAAAGACGCUGCUGAAAAAAUCUAAGAAGAAUAACGAUCGAUCGGAUGCCAACGACGUCAAUUUUGUGAAUGAAAUGAUUUCCUCUCCGGUGUGUAGCGGUCUCCUGUCGUUGGCACUGCCCCUGUUAACAUCAUCAACCAUUAGCUUGGACUUGUCUACGCAUCGACAUCUGAUUCUCCUCGCCGGCAAUUUAGCUUCCGGAUUAGCUGUAUGCAAUUUUAAGAGCGGUAGUGACCCGACGAAACUUUGGAAUAUAUGUAAGGAUAGAUACAUGGAACUGUUAUUAAUGCACAUCACAAGAGUUCUCAAUAUCUUUGUCCAUGUUAUUGACGAGAUACAGCUGGUACAAGCAAGCACCAAGCCUGUAUUGCCAUCUUUGUCUACCCAAUCGUUGUCACCCAGAAAGAAAAUCAUAUCAGAGCAAAAGUCAAAGGAAAGGGGAGAGAAACUCGGCGGUCUGAAGAUCGGGAGGGAGCAAAUGGGAACGUUCAUUGGCAUGCCGCAUUACAUGAAGAUAUACGACAUUCUGAAGGCGGCGCACUCCAAUUAUUUGGUUACCUUGGAACAUGAAGCCAGCGAGAUGUACGUUUCUCUGCUGAACGCAACGCUGGACGUUCUCUCGCAGAUCCUCGAAAUCGCAUCCGUCAACGAAGCAGGUAGAAUAGCGGAAGAAGUCUUAUGUUACCUAAAAACCACCGUCGUAUUGUCACCAACGGCAACGGUUCAAUGUGUGCAGCAAUUGCUGAAGUGCUUGUUCGGUACGAACGUGUGCGCGCAAUGGAGCGAGCUGGACGUACAGAAGAGUAUGGAUAAGUACGGCCCGCUGCAAGAUGACUUUAGGGGUUUUUACAACCAGUGUUUUCAACAUCCCGCCAGGCAAAUGGCGAACACAAUCAAGUGCAUCGGGAAUAACUGUAGGGGUGAAAACGAGCCGGAUACCGGAUGGAUAGGAUUGUUACGUCGGAAAAGCGAUCGUAAAUUUUCAUCGGUCUUUAAGACUUUGGCGCGAUCUUCGGACCAGAAGACGUCCGUGGCGUCUUUUAUCCGGCUUUUCGAACCCAUGGUUAUAAAGUCUCUGAAGCAGUACACUGUCACGAGUAAUAUCGCUCUACAGUGCCAGGUCUUGAUGUUAUUGAGUCAACUGGUUCAACUGAAAGUUAACUACUGCCUGCUGGACUCCGAUAAAAUAUUUAUCGGAUUUGUGUUGAAGCAAUUUGAGUUUAUCGAAGAGGGCCAUGUACAACAUACCGAAGAUCUUUUGCCGAAAAUGUUCAAUUUCUUAGUGCACCUGUCGUAUGAGAAAAAUCAUUCUAAGGCGAUAAUAGGCAUACCAAAAAUAAUUCAGUUAUGCGACGGUCUUAUGGCGAGCGGACAACCGGCAAUUUCGCAUUGCAUUCCCGCGCUCGCGCCCAUUAUCGAAGAUAUAUUUCUCAUCCGUAAUGGAAGCUCGAGUAUAGUCGAGCAACGGGAAUUGGAAACAACAAGAGAUGUAUUAAUAGCCAUGCUGUUACGUUUGGUGGAAUAUCAUGAGGUGGUCGAGCUUUUAGCGCUGUGUCUGGCCGAGUCUCGAUUCAGCGGAGACGGUAACGGCGAGGAGAAAUGGCGAAGGUGGUCCAGACUGACCAUGGAUACCGUGCUUCCGAUUCUCGCUGCUGGGAAGCUCAGGAUAGAAUCUGAGAGGGCCCACGUCGCUUUGGUGAAAUUGUUCGCGGCGAUCUCACCCACGGUCUUCCGGCCGGUAGAUCCUCUCCUGAAAAUACUGUUCACCGCAUCAAUACCUACAACCGCCCCGAUUAUGAAACGCUGGCUGGGCAUGAUCAACGUUGUGCUGCUCUCGUUGAUCUCCUGCGCGAAAGAAGAAGCGAUGUUAGCGCGUCUCUCGGAUCUCACUGCGUGCAUGUCGGAUGUGUCGCAUCUGUUCUCGCCAUUACGAAGCUCUUCCAAUUGCGAGUGCGCGGAUCCGUUGAACGCCUCGAGCGUCCAAUUGCGCCAGAUGCCGCCCGAACAAGUGUUAGCCAGAUUCAUAUUCAAAGUGAUCAACUUGAUAAGCACAAAGGUGUUCAGUCUACUUGGUUUGAUAAAUCACAAGUCAGCGGAUCCUUUCGUCGAUUUUUCUAAUUACACGGCGGACGACAAUUAUCUCGUUCAUCAGUUCGCAUUCUUCCUGCAAUUGUGCAUUCACAUGUUCGAAUCUGGUAGUCAUUGCAAGGUUGCGAAUGCAACGAUGCAGAUGAUUCAAGGACGUAACGUGUUCGAUGAGGAGAAGCAGCUCAUCGAGGACUUGAACUAUUUGAUGCUCAGCAUCGGGAGCGUGUGUCCGACGUUAACAUGCCAAUGGGCGUACUUAAUGAUCCUGUUGGGAUACAACGAGAUGUCUUUCUGGUCAAGAGUGUUGAGCACUGGCAAGUCCAAUCAUGUACGAACAAACGAGAGGAGAACGCGCGAUUGUAUUAACAGCAGUACCAACAUCCAGAUUAUUAGGAGAGGUGGGAUUAUAUUAUUUUGCGAUUAUAUAUGCGAGAAUCUUAACGAUGUAGAGCCAUUAACGUGGCUCUUGGUGAAUCACAUAGAGGAGGCGAUAAACGUCGCUACCGAAUCUCCGGUAAGGGAUCUAUUGACCACGGCGAUACAUAGGAAUCCGGCAGCCAGCGGAUUGUUAGUGCAAGCCGUAGCGACGAAGUGUACGGAUUUGUCGCAACCUAGUUUCAUAAAGCGCCUGCUUCAGUGUAUCGAGGGUGCGCAUCAUUCGCAAAGUGGCGCGGUUAUAAUGACCCUGAUACCGCGACUAUUAUCCACUAAGUAUCUUGCUUUGUCGAGGAUGGCGGCAAAAAUCGCUAGCCGCCGAGUGGAAAUAUUAUUAACUACCAAUGCGGACGAUGUGAUCGGCCAGUUGUCAAAAGAAGAUAUCGUGAAGAUUAUGGAUGUCUUGCAGACCACCAAGCUGGCAAGAAAACACGGUGGUUUGGUCAGUUUACUGAACAAGUUAGCUGUGCAAUAUUACGAUCUAUCACCGUUGGAACUCGAUCAAUGCAGACCGUUCAAUCCGUCCACCGUUAAGAGUGUUCAAUUAGACCGAAAUUGGUUCCUGUCUCAAGUGAGAUUGCGAUGUUGCCAUGCCAGCGCCGGCAAUAAUCCCAUGGAAUUAGCGCAAUUAUUAAAAGAUCUGGACUUCGACGAUUGUUUGAGCAUUCUCUCUUGUAAAGAGUUUAAUCUGAAGAUUUUGAAGCACUGUGUGAUAUUGGGCGCUCGACUCACCAUCGAAAAAUGUCAAAAGUUGGAAUUUGGAAAAGCGCAGAGCGAGAAGGAUUUCUAUUUCGAUGCUAGCCCUUUAUACGUCGCUGCCAAGCAGUGCUUGUUGGAGCACAUUCAUUAUAUCUGCGAGCUCCUACCGAAACCACAUCAGAUUUACAAUCCAGAAGCGGAUAACCACAGCGGGAAGGAGCUCAAGUACGCCACUAGAUUUUCCGAGUUGCUGAGUGAUGCUCUGUAUUGGGAGAUUCUUUUCACGAUAAUUCCAACUGUCAAGGUUUACAUGAAGACAUUACCGAAACUGGCAAAGUACAAUGUGGCGAAGAUCGACAUGAAAUUUGAGGAGGACAUCGCUAGGUUUUCCAUGUUGUGUCUCGAGUUAGCGCAUUGGAUGAUCUACUCGGACAGGAAAAGCGUCCAUAAAUUGAGGCCACACGACAUGGACCUUGUGCUAAGUUGCGCGGCCGAGAUCCUGCGGCACGCCGCUCCAAGUAAAAUCUUCGGUGAUAGCGCGCGUCAUAGUUGGGUCUGCUCCGCGGCGAUCUCUUUGACAAAAAUCGUAGAGAGUAUAUUGACGACGAUGGAUCCUUUGCCAGCUAUUGAUUCCCAAGCGUUGGAACCGGCUCUCCAAGAUGAGGAUACGAAAGACUAUGCCCGGGCGUGCAUUCAAAUGGCAUCGAUAGUGGCCUGGCUCGAGAAGUGUCAGGCGGAUGGCACCACGAGGAAUAUUCCACCGUAUCUGUUCAAUACGAUAAAGUCGCUGAUCGUUAGCGUAAGUCGUCAACCGUUAGUGAACUCUUACAUCUUAACGCCUCCGUUGGUGUGGAAACGAGAUUGUCAUGUCGUUGGCUCGGGCCCUACCAAAUGCUACUUUCCGCUGAUGUCGUCCGAGUCCAAUCUUCUGCAGGAGGUGGAAAUUCUGGAACAAUUUAUCUAUCGGGUGAACCUAUUGGGUUGGAUAUCCAGAUCGCAGUUUGAAGAGAUCUGGAUGGCAUUCCUGAGCGUUCUCAAUUUCCUGCAGAACGAGAACACGCCCUUGGACGAAGUUACGACUUUGAUCCAAGCAAGCAGUUUGGCGAUUCAGGCGAUAACGAGACUACUGCUGCACACUCUGCUGCUUCCAUGUCCCGGCAAUCCCAGUUCCAGUACUUUAAUCCACCAUCCGAGAGAUCCCCAGCUGUCCGUGCACAAAACGAGCUCUCAGAAAUUGUUCGCGAUACAGGAGCUGCUCCUGUGGAAGUACGAAUAUAUGAACGAUGCGGAAAGUAAGAACGGUUUGAGACUGGAUCAUAUAUACCAACGAGGCAACGUAGAAAGGACCGCGGUUUCCGACAAAUACAUGUACAGCCAAUUAUCGGUUUCUUAUUUAUGGUCAUUGUGCAAUUUAUAUGAGGAUAAGCUAAGCGCUUCCGUUCUUGAUUUAAAGAACAGGCGGAAUGACGCGCUGAUGUCCGCCUCCCUCGAUCUAGAUUCUUGUCUGCGCUUUCUGAUCGAACACUACACUAUGUGGACAUCGUCGCAGGCCAACACGCCCGUACAAUUGCUGACGGAGAUCAUGAAAUCAAUUCUGGCAAUCUCAGAUCUCUUUCUCGAAAGAUCGCAAUAUCAAUGGAUGUUGGAUGUGUGCUUGGAAGUUUCGAGAAUUCAUCCGACGGAGAACGCGAUUUUGCAUCAGUACCUGGCUGUCUCUGUGUGUAAAGCUGCUGCCGUUCUGACGCCUUUAGACUUGGAUACGUUAGAUAAAGUGAAGCGCAUAGUGGACGUUAAUUUAAAAUCGGUAUUUCUAGCUUCCAGAGUAUCCGCGCUUCACGGCUCUUUAUAUUUGUUACAAAGCGCGGUAUUAACGAAAUGCGAGGAAACAAUGAAUAUUAUACAUCCUCUGGCCAUUGAAUAUAUACAAAAACAUAUUGACUCGCAGGAUUCCAAUAGCGUUCUAAGUCAGAGUGAAGAACAUCAGGGAAUAAUGUGGGCACUGGUAUUCUUUCUACUAGAGCACGCAGAAGAUACGCCGCCGGACACAGAAGCGCCGGCCGUAUUGGAAUUAGUCCUUUCUCUAGUCACAUCUCAGAAUAUCUCGUACGGUUUGCAUCAAACUCUAUUACAGGGUCUUGAGAGACUUGUGGCGACGAAGAGCGUUGUCGGCAAGGUAGCCGAGCAGAUUGUUAAAGUUGCGAUAGAUCGAUUGAAGCAACCGAGCCCGCUGCUUGCGCUACCAGCGCUGCAACUGCUAUUGACAUGCAUGUAUACAGAAGCAGCCGAUCGGCUGAAUCAGCCCGGCGUCGAAGAACCACUGCCGGAUGUCGAACCGGAGACGCUGGUCCGAUCCAUCGAACGCAUCUCUGCGAUAUUCGACAAGAUCCGCAAGGGACAUCCCAUGGAGGUGGAAGUACUGUGCACGGUUCUAUCGUGCCUUCUCGGGGACUUCUUCCCGCCAUCGGAGAUCCUCACCAAAGUCAUAGGGGAAUUCUUAUCCCCACAGCAACCGCAUCCGAGAUUGCUCUCCGCCGUUGUUUUUAAAGUCUGUGAGAAAGCAUGUACCUGCACGGAAAUGGAGCUCCUUCAAGACUGGGUGAUCUUCAGUUUACCAAAUUUCAUUCAGAGCUUGCCGAUGGCGAUGUCAACUUGGUGCUUAUCCUGUUUCUUCAUAAGUGCGUCAACAAAUCAUUGGUUGAGAGCUUUAUUUCCAUAUGUUCAGUCGAGAAUAGGAAAAUAUGAAUAUGAAGAUAAAAAAAUAUUAUGUAUAGCAGCUUCGGACUUUUAUCACAAGCUGUCCAAAGAAUCUCAAAAAAAGGCGUUUGCCGAAACGUUUGAAGCUGCCGCGAAGGAACCUGGAACUCCAUUUAGCGACAUUCUAGCCUCCUUUUAAAUAAUACUGACUGUAAUCAAGAGAACUCAAAAGAGAAGCAUUCUACAAGAUAUUAAAUUCAGGCUGUAAAAUAUUGAUGUACAAUCACUGGUGCGCACACGUGUACAUUUGUAUAUGUAUAUGAUGAUAUUUAUUUUACAUUAUGUCCUGUCAAAAAAGAGAUAUGCAACUUGUUUUACAAUAAAUAAUAUUUUUUAAGCAAA